AUGAGUGAACUUGAAACAACAAAUUCUGAAACACACACUCCAACGGAACAUCAACAGGGAGAACAGCAGGAAUUAGAGGAGGAAAUAGACAAACAGUCUAGCACUAAAAAGCGAAAAACUUCAGUAGGCAAAAAUGCAAAAUCAAAAGCGAAAUCAAAAGCAGAAAGUGAAACAAGAAGAUUAGCUCAAGCUUCCAGAACAUUGAAAGCGUGUGAGCUAUGUAGGAAACAAAAGACAAGAUGUUUCAGAUCACCAGAUCAUCCUAAUUCAUGUUUACGUUGUCGAUUUAUAAACAAAGUUUGUUCAUUUGAAGGUGAAGCUGGAAAUAAUAAUGGAAAUAAUAUAAUAAACACUGAUAUCAUAAGUGGAGACCAGAAUGAUAAAUUAAAUUUAAUCUUAAGUAAGGUUAGUGAGAUUUUUCGGAUUGUUAAAAAUGAUAAUAAUGAGGAUGCAAGGUUGUUGUUGGAUGCUGCUAGCUCCAUGCAAAAUAAUUCUGGUCAAGGUCUAAAUUCAAGAUCUAAUUCGGUCUCAAAUGUUGAGGAAAUUGAACCAAUCAUACCAGAUUUUCCAACGUUGAAUUCAACUUCUAUUUCAUCACCAUUUGCAUUAAUAAAUAACCAUAUGCAAGGUAAGAAUUUGUGUCCGUCGACUAUACUGAAUCUUUUCAUUGCUUCACCUGAUGUGUUGUCCAACGUUAAACACAAUACUUUAUUAGACUUGGGCAUUUUAACUCAAUCAGAAGUAAUUGAUUUGGUCAAUGACUUUCGAAGAAAUUAUGGUAGAUGGGUUUCAUUUCCUAGUAAGAUCCCAACUGAUAUAUUGGUGGAAGAAAUCAAAUACAAAUCCCCAUUAUUGUUAACUACUUGUUGUUGUAUAAGUCUUCGAUAUUCUUUGGAUGAUAAUAUGGAUAGCAGCAAACAACACCAUAAAUUUAAACAACUCAUUAACGUUUUAAUACAAGAUUUGAAUCAAAGUUUUUUGAGGUACACUUCAUUUGCUAAGAACGACUAUGGAUUUAUCGAGUUUUUACAAAGUUUGGUGGUUUUGAGUAUUUACUCGUCUUCGAUAUCAACGUUAGUUUCCAAUCUAACAAUUAAUGAUUCUACCAACGAUUUAAUGGGGUUCAACUUAGACCCUUAUCAAUUAUCAAGUAUUGGAAUUACCUCGUUUUUAACCAAAUCAACAUUUCAAACUUUUCGUUCAGUUUCUGAAACAUCCGAUUCUGAACUGCUCACCAAAAUUAGGAUAUACAAUCAUUUAUGUUUGGUUCAUGUGGUCAACUGCUUAUUCUCCGGAAGAAUGUGCAUAUUGGACGAUACGAGGAUCAAAUAUUGUAAUUCUGCAUUGUCAUUGUUUAAUGCCACUAAUUUUGAUGGUAGAAUGUGUUCAGAAAUAAACAUCUUAUAUAUCACUUACAAAUAUUUGCAACAACAAAAUAGUACCGAUCUUAAUCAAAUCAAGCAAAACUUUAAAACCACACAACAAGAAAUAGAAGAUUGGCUAAUCACAUGGGAUUAUUUAUUUCAACAACCAGCCUUACAAUUUGUCGAGUUCAAUUAUAAUUUUUGCUCAAUGUUGAUUUUGUUUAUUUUCUGUUUCCACAAAGAAAUAGUGAAUAUAUCACAAGACGAAUUUUCUUUCGAGCGAUUGAAUCAAAGUCCAGAAUUGAUGAGAACGGCCCUAUUGAGCCAAGAACCAAAUUAUUUGAUAAAAAUGUUUGAGUUUGGUAAAAAAGUGUUAGAUCAUGUCGAAAAUAUUAAUAAUGAUUCUUACUUCGCUUAUUUGUCUGAUCAAAUUCAUUUUUGUUUUUAUUUUACUGGUAUUAUACUAAUUUUAAUCUUGCGAAUAAUUAUGGAUCGUCAGGAUAUAAUUACUGACAUUCUCGAGGAGUUUUCACAAAAGAAUUUGGAUUUUCAUUUAAGUUCGAUUUAUAAAUUAAUCACAAAGUUUGAGAACAUCAGUAUGAUCAAUUCCAAAAAGGAUAUCAUUUCAAUUUACAUAGCUGGUCUAGAGAAUUGUCUUGAGGAAAACUUUUAUAGUAAAGAUCAAAGUAUUUAA